AGCGCAAGCUGUCAGCCGCUCAAGCGUCCAGGCCUGCGUUCCUGCCCAUCCCUAAUCGCGAGCCCAAUUCGCCCGAGUCGUGGAUCGCGAUCAACCGCCCGUUGCGGAGAGCUGUUGUAGACAUCUGACCUAACAGAUUUGGCUCUUCCACUACAACGAAUUUCUCUCCUCAACGUUGGCUUCGGCCGUCCCGAGUUUUGGCGCAAUGGAUCUCACCAGCCUCAAGAACACGGUGUCGAACCUGACGCUGUACGACAUCAAGGCCGGCGUGCGGAAGGUGCAAAAUGCUGUCAUGAACUACACCGAGAUGGAGGCAAAGGUGCGCGAGGCCACCAACAAUGAGCCAUGGGGAGCGUCCUCGACUCAGAUGCAAGAGAUUGCCGACGGCACCUUCAACUACCAAACACUGAACGAGAUUAUGCCCAUGAUCUACCGGCGCUUCACAGAAAAGUCGGCCGAGGAAUGGCGGCAGAUCUACAAGGCGCUGCAAUUACUCGAAUACCUGAUCAAGCACGGUUCCGAGCGCGUCAUUGACGAUGCCCGGUCUCACAUAACCUUGCUCAAGAUGCUGCGCCAAUUCCACUACAUCGAUCAGAACGGCAAGGAUCAAGGUGUCAAUGUCCGGCACCGCGCCAAGGAACUGGCCGAGUUGCUCAGCGAUGUCGAUCGCAUCCGGGCUGAGCGCAAGAAGGCACGCGCCAACAAAGGAAAGUUCACCAGCAUGCAAGGCGGCGGCGGCUUUGGCAGUUCGAGCCGCUAUGGCGGGUUUGGGAGUGACUCGACCUACGGCGGCGGCAGCAGCUCCACGUAUGGCGGCUACGCUGGCGGGGUUUAUGGCGAUGGCGGCGGUUUCGGAGGGCAAUCGGACGAGUUCCGUGGGUCCCAGUCGCGGCCGGACAAGUUUGAGGAGUAUGAUGAGUUCGAUGAAGGGGAGCGCCCGGCCGCUGCUUCGACACGCUCGGCGAGGACAACACGAGACACAACUGAGCGGGUGGGGGUGUAUCGGACCACUGAGCCGCCGAAGAAGAAGGAGCCGGAGGUGGAUCUCGUUGACUUUGACGAACCUGCUGCCCCGGCUGCCCCCGCGGUUGCACCCCCUAAGGCCUCUGGACUGUCAUCGCUCGAUAGCGGGGCCAAUGACGAUGAUGAGUUCGACGAUUUCCAGUCUGCAACGCCCGCCACGCAGACAGGUGGCCCUGCAGCUUCAUCCACCAGCUCCGUUCCCCCGCCCCUGGGAGCAAGCAUCUUACCCCUAGCGGCGCCGAAACCUGUAUCGGCGCCCCAGCAGGCCAACCUCAGUGGCAUGGUCGCCAAGUCGUCCAUCUCUCCGCCGCCUAGUUCCACUGCCAGCCCAGCCGGCAACUUGUCCGCCUUCUCCGCACCCCUGACGGCCGCCACUCUCUCUCCAACGCAGGCGCCGAAGCCUGCAGGAUUCCAAGCUUCCGCUCCCAACUACUUCUCAUCAGUGCAAACCGGGGGCUCUUCUACCCUGGGCGGGGCCAAACCGGCCAGUGGACCUGCUGGUGCGAAGCCGGCUGCGGGCGGCGACGCAUUUGGCGCUCUGUGGUCCCAGGCGAGCGCUGGCAUCAAGAAGAGUGGUCAGGCUGGGCCUGGCCCGGCCAUGGGCCAGCUUGCCAAGGAGAAGAGCAGCGCCGGUAUCUGGGGCGCGCCGGCUGCCUCGAGCGCCGGCAAGCCUGCCGGCGGCAACACAUCACUUGGCAACGGGCUCGAUGACUUGCUCGGCUAACCAGCUGCUUUCAUUGACCGUAUGGUUGUGAGAUCGGGAACUGGCGGCGCAAUGAUAUCGUCGUCGGAUCUAAAGCCAACAUGUAGGUGCACGAAAGUAGAGGGUUAUACAAUUGAGCGGAUUAUCUGUUUGCUUGUUUGCUCCAAUCCCCGCUGCCCUAAUUCCCGGCCGCGCGACUCUGCCUGCUCGGCCUUGGGCUCUGGCCGCCAGCUGGGCCGCAGGGCUGUAUCGUGCAUCAACAACGCCGCAUGUUUUCCCACCAAGCGGUGCCGAGCCGUACCGACCGUAACAUGCGGGCCGUCCAUCGACCGGGCCCAGCCGCCAUUGUC